CACACAUCACACAUCUGCGCGCCGCUCUUGGCCGUUGUUCCAUUUCGAAUCGAACACCAAGCAAGACUUCCGAGACAUGCACUUUGAUAAAGCGCCAAAGGAGAAGCCGUGCUGCACUCUGCCCACAGUGAAGAAGCUUUUGGAACAGAAGAGGAAGCGAGAGACAUCAUCAGGGUUGACCCCCUACGCCGCAAACACAACUGCUCCCGCCGGUCACAACAUGCUUACUCAGCUGCCGGUGUCAGAACAACUGACCUGCUCAGGUGCAUCAAGCAGCUACGCAGACAUGACAGCUGUGAGCUCCGAGCACUGGGCCGCAAUACAGGAGUCCGCUCUCUCUUACGACCCCAACCAACCUGGGCCGAGCUUCCCUGCGGGCUACGACGUCCCUAUGGACUCAGAUUUCAGCUCCCAGCAGCAUCUUCAGGGAUUUGCGUCUCAAUCUUAUGGGUGCCAGAUGGCAGCCGCAGACCAGAGCACGGCUUCGACUUGGCCCCCUCUGGACCCAAGUCAGGCCCCUCAAGCUACUUUCGGGUCGUGGUUGGACACCGGCACGCUGGAGAAGGCCAGGAUCAUGCUGAGAGACAUGGACUACGGAAGGAUCAUUGGCCAGGAUGAGGACGGAGACACGAUCCUGCAUAUCUACACUGCUAAGGGUCUCAGGGAGUGGGCCUUCGCUGCUGCAGAGAAGCUGAGGGAUCUGGGGAAGCUUGAUGCUAAAGAGCACAAAGGCAAAACUGCUUUACUGGUGGCGGUGACGGCGAACCAGCCGGACAUUGUUCAAGAUCUGUUGUCAUUUGGAGCAGACAUCAACGCUUGUGACGUCAAAGGACAAAACGCUCUUCACCUGGCCGCCCACGACGGCUUACCUCGGAUAUUGCAGGUAAUUCUGUCCAACAGACCUGCAAUCAACCUCGAGGCGAGAGACUUUGAAGGUAUGACCCCUCUGCACUGCGCAGCCAUUUCUCACAGUGUCACCAUGAAGGCUUUGUUUGCCUGCGGGAUGGCGAAUGUUUUCCUUCAGGCCAAGGCUGCGGAGAAGCUCUCGUGUGUGCAGAUGCUCGUCAAUGCUGGCGCCUCACCACUUAGCCAGGAAAUCAAAAGCAGCAAGACAGUGCUGCACUUGGCGGUGAAGGAAGGAAAUAUCGAUCUGCUCCACUAUCUGCUCAGCAUCCACAUGCACAAUGUGAAAGACUUUGUCAACAUGAAAGCGCACGGUCACACGGCUUUACACAUGGCGGCCUGUCUCCAUGGCAACCCCCGGCAGGAGGAGAUCCUCCGGCUGCUGCUGAGCCGAGGAGCCGAUCCCAGCAUCCGCAACCUGGAGAACGGCCUCCCGGCGCACCUUCUGCAGGGCGGCCUGCAAGGGGAGCAUCUCAAGUUAAUGCUGAAGAAACGGAGCACUUCGACUCGUCGACGUCCGGUGGCCCCGUGGGACCAGGAAUGAUCGGAAAUCUUCCGUUAAGCAGGAAAUUCUUGACAGGACGUAAAGACAGCAAGUAUGAAUAUCUGAGGCUAAUUCACAUUGGAUUUGAACUCUUACUAUGAUUCACCAUUUAGCUGCUUUUAAAAAAAAAGUUAAAGUUAAUACAGGAUUUAUAUUUCUGUUACUUGUAUGAAAUGUUCAUAUGGAGAACAUUUUUUCAUUUAAAAAAUCAUAUUGUUUGGAAUAUAUUUCCAAGAAGAAUAGACAGUUUUUUUUUUUGUCACCAACCAAAACAUGAGGUACACACGCGCAAUCUAAUGACAUCCAACACAAGAGCUGAAAUGCUCAAUGGAGUGCACCACUUAACCGAUUGUUAAUGUUGAUCAAAUAUAGUCAAGGAAACGUAAUGUUAAGACAAGUGGAAUUUUUUUUUUUUUUUUUUUUUACACAUUUCUCCAGAUCUGUAGAUAUUUUGUGGAAAUAGGUUUAUUAUAGACAGGAUUUUGUGUAAUCCGGCAAACAAAAAGGCUCUAACAUUUUGGGAGGAAACUGUCAGACAAGUAUUCGUUUAAAAAUAUCUUCAUUAUUGUAGCUGAAGUUUAUACACCGAAACUGAAAAUAACGCUUUCUUUUAAAACACAUUCACUGCCAUUGACGGCUUUAGAAGUCAAAUAUCCAAAUUAACUGGGAAGGCUGGCAGUGAAUGAGUUUUAAAGGCUGAUUUUUUUAUUUUUUUGGUAUUGUAUCUCAUAAGAUUGUGCUUGUGUAUCUUAUUAAGCGUUCAGGAAGGGUUUAUUUUCACCAUUUGGUUGACAAAGAUGACAAAGUACUCAUUUUGUAGGAACUCUUUGAUUUCCAUGAAAUCAUUGUUCUGACCUGGAGGACUCUUCGUCAUGAUGAUUGCAUUGACGAUGAUGAGAUGCUGAAUUCAAUCAGCACAAUUACUAACAUUGACAUUGCUCAUAUUAACAAUGAGCAGACUUGCUUUUGUUCUGUAUGCAUCAUACUUGCGAAUGUAACGUGUUUACUGCGUAAAAGUACUUUGACUCUUGUUUGCGUCAUGCCUUACGACCACAUUCACACAGUUACAUGCAGUGGUGAGUCAUGAUCUAAACAAGUCGUCAUGCUUGGGGUGUUCUUGAGAGUGUGUACAUAAAUGAGCAGCGUGGGGAAAUUGAACCACUCACAGAAAAGUUGUAACAAAUGUGACAUUCACUCUUUGGGAAUACAUGAAAUUCAUUUUCAACAACCAAAAAUUCCUGACAUCUUGAUUGUCAUGACCAGAAACCACCAAGAGGUCAAAUUUGCUUAUGACUGUAAUUUCAGUGAAUAAAAUAAACUGUG